UAGGCACUGACUUGAGCUGCUACACAGACGCUGGGUUCAGGGGCAGAGGAAGGGCAGCUCAGGUGGGCAGAGUCUUCCAGAUGUCAGAGUUAGAGCUGAUGGUUCCCGGGCCACUGCCUGGGAUCACUACUCACCCUCUGCUCACUCUCAGCACAGAUUCUGGGCCAACUGACCCAGCAAGAGAGGAGGACAUGGCUCCCCUGGGUAACUCCCAGGGGGAGCUGGAGGGACAGGGCAAUGGCUCUACAGAGCAGGGGGCUCCUGGCGGUGACUUGGAGGAGGAGAUUCUCUGUGACUUCUGCCUGGGGGACAGCAAGGUGAGGGCAGUGAAGUCCUGCCUGACGUGUAUGGUCAACUACUGUGAGGAGCACCUCCGGCCACACCAGGAGAACAGCAAACUGCACAGCCACGAGUUGGCCGAGCCAGUGAAGGAUCAGGACCUUCGCAUCUGCCCUGUCCACCACAGCCCCCUGGUCGCCUUCUGCUGCCCUGACCGGCAGUGCGUCUGCCAGGAGUGUGGCCAGGCUGAGCACAAGGGCCAUGCCUUGGUGUCGCUGGAUGCUGCUCGCAGGGACAAGGAGGCUGAGCUUCGAUGCACACAGUCUGACCUGAACCGGAAACUCCAGUUGAAUGAAAAUGCCAUCGCCAGGCUCCAAGCCAACCACAAGUCUGUUUUGGUGUCCGUGUCAGAGGUGAAGGUGGUGGCCGAGGAGCAGUUUGGGGAACUCCUUGCUGCCGUGAGGAAGGCCCAGGCUGACGUGAUGCUCUUCUUGGAGGAGAAGGAGCAAGCGGCUUUGAACCAGGCUAAUGGCAUCAAGACCCACCUGGAGCACAGGAGCACGGAGAUGGAGAGGACCAGGCAGGAGCUGGAGAAGAUCGCUUCCCUGGGCAACACUGUCUUAUUCUUGGAGGAAUAUUGCAAGUUUAAAAACACAGAAGACAGCUCCUCCCCUAGUAUUUACAUAGGGUUCAAGGACAAGCUCUCUGGCAUUCGCAAGGCCAUCACUGACUCCACUGUCCACUUAAUCCGGUUGCUGGAGGGUUACAAGGAGAAGCUCCAGGAGUUUGCCAAAGAGGAAGAAUACGACAUCAGAACUCAAGUCUCUGCCUUUGUCGAGCGCAAGUAUCGAACCUCAAAACCUGAGCCCACAACCAGGCAACAAUUCCUCCAAUACGCUUGCGAUAUCACGCUCGACCCAGAUACAGCGCACAGGUACCUCCGGCUGCAGGAAGACAACCGCAAGGUCACCAACACUACGCCCUGGGAGCACCCCUACCCAGACCUCCCCAGUCGGUUUGUGCACUGGCGGCAAGUGCUGUCCCAGCAGAGCCUGUACCUGCACCGCUACUAUUUUGAGGUCGAGAUCACUGGGGCAGGCACCUAUGUUGGCCUAACUUGCAAAGGCAUAGACCGGAAAGGGGAGGGACGCAACGGUUGCAUUUCCGGAAACAAUUUCUCUUGGAGUCUCCAUUGGAAUGGGAAGGAGUUCACAGCCUGGCACAGUGACACAGAGACUCCACUCAAAGCAAGCCCUUACCGAAGGUUGGGGAUCUAUGUCGACUUCCAGGGAGGGAGUCUGUCCUUCUACGGUGUAGAGCCGGAUGCCAUGACCCUUGUUCACAAAUUUGACUGUAAGUUUUCAGAGCCAGUCUACCCAGCCUUCUGGCUUUCCAAGAAGGAAAACGCCAUCCGGAUAGUGGAUCUGGGAGAAGAGCCUGAGAAGCCAGCAUCGACCUCAGGGCAAGCUGCUCCCUAGACCCUGCUGCCUUAUUCUCUGUGUGUCAGCCAUUCUAAGAUGCCUGUAUUCUUCACCAUCUGCUCAUGACAUUCUCUAUCAGGUUGACAGGAGAUAAGUGUCCAGACUUGAUAACCAAGCCUCUUCAGGGUGAUGGAAAACACUGUGGAGUAAUGAUAAUAAAUUGCUUUCUUGUGUUGUAUGUCCCA